UACAUCGUUCAUUUUAAUAUGUUAGACAAUUUAAGUGUAUUUGGACCGGAAAUUAAGUGUUUUUUUUUAUAAUUUUAAAUUGUUUUUUUUUUUUUUUGCAAAGCAGUAAAAAAAGAAAUAGAAAAGGAACAGUUAUUUCAUCAAAUAAUGGAGAUAAAUUUGAGGAAAAUAUUCAUCCUUUGGUGUAUUCUUGUCUAUGUUUGUAGUUGUACACGUGGCGAUUCUACAUCGGAAAAUAUAGCACAGGGUGAAAAAAGAUUGGGUGAUCAAAUACGAGCUAUUUUGAAACAUUAUCAGCAAGAUGAUCCAGUGGGACUUCCUGGCGCUCCGGUUCCUGAUCCAAUGCCAGUACCGGAUAUGAAACAUUCUUUUUCCAUGUACACUAUGACAUUUAAAGAAAUGCAAGUCUAUGGAUUGUCUAAAUUUCGAAUUGAACGUAUGACAUCUGAAUUGGCAAAAAUGCAGGUAUCGGUAAGACUCAGAAUUGAGGCUCUUGAUAUUCGAGGAUGGUAUACUUUGUCCACUUGGCUAUCGAGAUCAGCCGGAAAUUUCACAGUCAAGUUGUCUGGAGUAACAGUUGAGGGUAUUGCAAAACUCCAAGUUGGAACAGAUGGAAAAUUGCAUGCACAGGAUAUCGAUAUGGAUUUAACUUUUGAUAAUAUUGAUAUGGAUUUUAAAAAUCUCGGAUUUCUAGGAUCCGUCUUUCAAGGGGUUAUCAAUUCAGUUGGUGCAUUCAUAUUCGAUAGUAUCAAACCAUUCAUUCUCAAAGAGGUCAAUACUAAUGUCAGAGGCGAAGUCAAUGGUCAAAUUUCACAGUUACCACAAUAUUUUCCAAAUUCAAUAUCACCUUUUGAUAUGGCAGUGGCUGAGGCUCGUAAGCAAGUUUCGGAAAUGGGUUACGAUCCAUAUCGAGUUAAAGAUUAUAGCCAAAGUGUUGGUAUUUUUACAGUGACAUCGUCACACACAUGGGUUACAGGAUUGGCUAGUUUUUAUCGCAUGGGAAAUAUAACUCUCUCUAUGGAAAAUAGAACUGUUUAUGCAGUAUUAGAUGUUGGCACUCAGGAAAUCGAAGGAAGGACUCACUGGGAUGUUAGUAUGAUAGGAGGCGUUUUAUCUAGAGCAGGAACCGUAUCCUUUACUGUCGAUUACUUUAGAGUUCAAGUCAACCUCAGUCAACCUUUGGACACACGAAAACGUGCCACUUUAGAGGAACUCGAUCUUGAACUGGGCAAUAUUCAAACUAGGAUACAUGGAGCUGGAACUUUCGACUAUGUAAUAGAAGCUGCAGUCAAUAUUUUGCCAAAUCUCUUAAGGUAUCAAAUAAUGGACGCUAUAGAAGGGCCAAUUAAGAGACGUAUACAAGCAGAAUUAGAUAAGGUUGAUGUUGAGAAAUUGAUUCACGAGAAAAUACCUGAUAUCGAGGAACAGGCAAGAUUGCUCCAGGGCCUGCCUCCUAUUGAGGACGUUAUUGAUCAACUUACUGAAAUCGAAAAUCAGGAUCCUUUUUCCGAAAGUGAAGAAGAUCGUGGUCCGUCUUAAAUUUCAUUUUACUAAUAUUUUUUUAUAUUAUUUGCAAAAAAAAAAAAAAAAAUUAGAAUUGCCCUAAAAUUCUUUUUUUCAGUAGAAUUUUAAAAAAAUACAAUUUUUCAAAAA